GACAAUACAGAGCACAAAAUGACUUCAAUUGUCAUACAUCCCUGUAUGCUGAAAUCCUCUUAUAAAUUCAUUUUUCAACUCUAAAUUUGAACUACCUCGAGAUUAGACUCCUUUAUAAGCAUGAGUUAUUCAAGUCUCACGCGUAUUGCAAUAUUGAUUACGGCGUGUUGGGUGUUGAUACCACUCAUCACAGCCCAAGUAAUCGCCCCACACUGUUCAGAUAAGUGUGGAAACAUAAGUAUUCCGUACCCAUUUGGUAUUGAGGAAGGCUGUUACUUUAAUGAAAACAAUAACAAAACAGUUUCCUCCUUCAAACUUAAUUGUACUAAUCAGAGUACUAGUCCAACACCAGUUUUUGGUACAAAUUUGGAGGUACUGAACAUUUCAUUAGUAGAAGGCGAAUUCCGCUCCAGAAUAUAUAUUUCCUACAAUUGUUACAACCAAAGCGGAUAUGUCAGUGGCUGGUUUCACUGGUUCAACCUGGCAACGUUUACAGUAUCUAGCUCAAAAAACGUAUUAGUUGCCAUUGGCUGCGACACCUACGCGUGGUUUAGAGGGUUUCGAAGCGGAAAAAAUUACUCCACUGGUUGCAUGACUGAAUGCGUCCAGCUAGAAGAUGUUGUUGACGGGGAAUGCUCUGGGAUUGGGUGUUGCGAAGCCUCCAUUCCUAGUGGAACUAAAAAUGUCAGUGUUGGAGCAUACAGUUUUUCGAAUCAUAGUUCAGUAUAUCAGUUUAACCCGUGCAGUGUCGCGUUUCCAGUGGCAAAAGAUGCUUUCAGGUUCUACCGGAAGGAUUUGAUUCACAAUGUAAGUUACUACCACGGCAUGGGGCUGCCUGUAGUAUUCGAUUGGGCCGUUGGGAGAAAGAAUUGUUCAGCUGCCAGAGCAGACGGGAACUGCUUGUGUAAGCACAACGCAGAUUGUUAUGAUGCGGAGUAUGAAUUGGGAUAUCGUUGUAAAUGCAAGGAUGGUUAUUCUGGUAAUCCUUACCUUCCUAGAGGAUGCACAGACAUUGAUGAGUGCAAGGAAGUGAAUGAUUGCGAGAAAGCAGAGUAUUGUAUCAACACAAUUGGAGCCUAUUACUGCAAAUGUCCCAAGGGCUACCACGGGAAUGGGACACGAACUGAUCGUUGCAUUUCUAACACAAAGGCUUAUUGGCUCAUACCCGUUUUGGCCACUGCAGGUGUUGGUGGUGGUAUCAUAACUUUGCUUCUUAUUGGGUUUCUAUUGCAUUGGAAACAUGGGGAAAGACAGCUCAGAAAUAUGCGCGAAUAUUUCUUUCGACAAAAUGGCGGUUUUUUGUUACAUGAAAAACUUUCCGGAAGACAUGUUGAUACGAUCAAAGUCUUUACAAUGAAAGACCUUGAAAUUGCUAGUGACAAUUAUAGUGAUGGAAAUGUUAUUGGAAGAGGAGGUUUUGGCAUCGUUUAUAAGGGAAUUUUGCCAAACAAUCAAGUUGUUGCAAUCAAAAAAUCUCUUAAGAUGGAUCCAAACCAAGUCGAGCAAUUCAUCAAUGAAGUUCUUGUUCUAUCACAAAUCAACAACAAAAAUGUGGUCAAGUUACUUGGUUGUUGUCUAGAGAGUGAAGUGCCACUAUUGGUUUAUGAAUUCAUAAGCAAUGGGACGUUAUAUGACCACUUACACGAUAGAGUGAAAGCGUCCAAUUUAAAAUGGCACAUACGCUUAAAUAUAGCAUCGGAGGUUGCCCAUGUGCUAUCAUAUUUACACAACACAAUCUCGACACCAAUAAUUCAUCGAGAUAUUAAGUCAAUGAACAUACUCUUAGAUGAAAGUCAGACUGCUAAGGUAACAGACUUUGGAGCUUCAAGGUUGGUUCUAGAAGACCAAAGCCAAUUUGCUACAAUGGUAUUAGGAACACGAGGGUAUUUAGAUCCUGAGUAUAUGCAAACAAGUGAACUAACUGAAAAGAGUGAUGUUUAUAGUUUUGGUGUUGUAUUGGUGGAGCUCUUAACAAGGAAAAAAGCGAUUUCUAAUGAAAGGGUUGAAACUGAGAAAUGUCUUGCUAUGCACUUCCUUGUUAAGAUGAAAAAUGGUCAUUUAUCGGACAUUCUUGACAAAAGUAUUGUUAAUGAGGGAACAAUUGAGCAAAUACAGCAUUUAGCAAAUCUAGCUAAAUGGUGCUUGAUGUUAAAAGGACAAGAGAGGCCUACCAUGAAGGAAGUCGCAGCGGAACUAGAUACUAUAAAAGGAAAGGGGUCGUCACAUCCAUGGAAUAAUGAUGAUGGAUCGUUUCAAGAAGAUUGUAAUUCUUUGCUAAGAGGAAUUCCAAAAUCGGAGUAUGGCGGUUGUAGCAGUGCCACUGACUCACUAUCAUAUGAUUCACACUUGCUUUCAUCUUUGGCUAGUGGCAGGUAAUCAAAAAAUUUGUGGGUGCCAAUUGUCUGUGUAAAAUAAUUCUAAUACUAUAAGUCUAUAAUGUUCUUAAAAAUAUUUUCUUAGAAAUUGAUGAUAGAUUAGCAUGUAAUAGUCAUGUUUCUUGUAUCUAAGCAUAUACUAGUUCAGGGUUACAUAUAAAUAUUUCUUUUUUUGUUGAAUUAGAUAUGAUGUUCGCGGACAAAUUUUGUAUCA